AUGCCACCGAGGCGCAAGCAGAUUGAGGUUUCCACCACAGCAGACAUCAUUGUCUCCUACGUCGGCAAAAAGUCAAUCCUUUGGGAGCCUGCCGAAACAGAUAGUAGGCAAAGUGCCGAGAAACCAACCACUGAUCCCACCAACCAAGAAGAGCAGAAAAGGGCCUAUGGCGCCUUCGUCAGGAGCGAGAUCGAAAGGCUGUCCAGCCCCGCCGCCGGAAAGCCUGCUAGCAAUAAACUUUGUGGACGGAUCCAACAGAGAAGGGACCUUGUUGCUCUCCUGGCGGUGGUUUUUGACCCAACGUCAGACGUCAACCGUGUGCUCGGUAUACCUAGAGAUGGAUUCUCUAGAGAAGAGGAGCUCAAGUUGUCGGUCCACACUAGCUGCUCCCGACUGGGUAGCAUCAUAUCAGCCUGGGACAUGAGUGCAGGCGGCGCUGCUCGUGAUGGUACGAGAGAGGAGAACAAAGGAGAGGGCAGCGACCUUGAGGAUGACGAGCAAGAGGAACAGCAGGACGCGCCUAAGACGCUUACUUCCAAGUCAUCGAAGAACAAGUUGACUCGCGGCAAAAGCAGAAGGAAAAUGACCGGUAAAUCUACCGAGGCGAACCGCAGUCCAGCGGACCUUAGCGCGCAGCGCCAUGUUCCAACAUGGUACGGCAGUCGUUGUGUGCUUUCCGGCCUCAUCAAACCGGAGGGUGCACACAUUGUCCCAGCGAGGACUGUUCGUGAUACUGAUAUGGAUGUUAUCUGGGUGCUUUUGAAAACAUUCUGGCCCCUUCCACAGCUGGAGGGCCUGGGGAUGGUGUGGCUCCGGAACCUGGACAUCGAGGGAGGUUUAGAAGCCGGGUCCUGGGAUCACCGUGCCCUCGGAAGCAUCGCUGACUUUCGCCGAGGUAGUAUAAGUGAGUCUCAGUACCCAGUAGUCCAUCACGGAGAUGUUUACCUCCUGACAACAAUCGACUGCGAAACCCACCCCCUGCCAAGCCUCCGCCUUUUGCCUAUUCAAUAUGCAGCGCACAAGAUCACGGCCGGCAUACGGGCUGCUGGCGCUCUCCGAGUCAUCUUUAGCGAUAUCCCUCCAGACGACCCUGGGCCAGCCGGCUACGACGUCGAUGUGCCGGACGAGUGGCAGUCAUUGAUCGAGGCAUCUGUGGACGCUGGUGUGCUGGGACGACACGGAAGAAUGGCUUUGGGGCCGUGCUUUCACCCACCAUAA